UGGCAAGUAGUUCGUUGGUUCCAUGAGAGGGCCAACCCAACCUCCUCUUUAUAUAGGAAGCGUAACUUAGAGAGAACCAGAGUCUCCCUGUUUCCACUUCGACCCAUACCCUUUCAUUACACACAUUCAAAACCCUAAUCAUUCCCUCUUUUUCUUCCAUUUUACUUUCAGAAUGCGCUUCCAUUCCUCUUCUUCUUCUUCUUGAUUUCAUUCUCAUUUUCAUUUCGAUUGAUUGAUAUUAUGGAUGCAGUUUACACAAGCUACAGAGGCAAAUGCAAUCCGUCGUUUUCCUCCUCUUUGCUCGACGAGAUCUACCGCUCCAUCGACGAAAGAGACGAUGAAGAAUCGACGUCUUUUAGAGAAAACAUACGAAAAAAACAGAGCAAAUUUGGAGGAAGCAAGUCAAGUAACAGUUGUUUUGAAAAUCAUGAUGAUGAACGACGAGCAUGUUUGAUUCAGAACUGGAUGGCGAAUAAAGUAUGCGAAAAACCGGUGGUUGGGAGAAGAUCAACGGCGGAUAUCGAAAGAAGCUCGAUGCGAAGUGAACGUGAAUCAGUUUGCUUUAAUUCGAGCUCUAGCUCAUGUGAUUCGAGCUAUGGUGGAGCUUUUUCUUCGUCGGAAGUCGACUCAAUGAACGGAGUUCUAUUUAAACCUAAACCUAUCCGUACAAGCGGCUAUCAACAAGAAGAAGACUCGCAACAAAAGGUUAAACACGAAGGUAAAUUCGCGAAAACGAAAUUAAAAGCAUUGAAGAUCUACAGUGAUCUGAAGAAGGUGAAGCAGCCGGUUUCUCCGGGAGGUCGGUUAGCUACUUUUCUAAAUUCACUCUUAACUACAGGAAACACGAAAAAACCAAAGACUUCCUCUGCCUCCACCGCCGCCGCCGUCUCCGGAGGAUACGCGGAGGCGGCGAGGAGUCAUUUAGACAGAAAAUCAAAGUCGGCCAACGCGUCUACCUGUUCAUCAGCAUCUUCAUUUUCACGUUCAUGUUUAAGCAACACUCCAUCGUCGAGGGGAAAGUUGAGCAACGGCAUGACAAGGUCGGUGAGAUUUUAUCCGGUGAGCGUGAUUGUCGACGAAGAUUGUCAGCCAUGUGGACACAAAUCACUCCAGAAAGAAGAAACUCAAUUCGCUAAAAAAUCAAUCCCGAAAGAGCUUAAACUCAACUCGAGUGAAAACAACCGCCACAUUCAAGAAGCUGCAAGGAAUUUGUUGAAGGAGUACCAAAAGAAGGUCGAAUGUAAAUCUGAUUCAAUAAGAAGUAACGUAGACAUGAAAGAUGUCGAAGAUGAAGAUCUAUCCGAUGAUGGCAAAAGUGACUCGAGCUCUGAUCUCUUCGAGCUUGAUAAUUUCUACUCAAUCGGGAUGCACAAGUAUCAAGAAGAAUUGCCAGUAUACGAGACGACUCAUUUUGAUACCAAUCGAGCCAUUGCUAAUGGACACUUCAUGCAAUCAUCAUAAAUCUAAAGAAAGAAACAGAAACAGAAACCUCAUUUUGUUUUAAUGUCGGGUUGGUUUAUUAACAAGGUAGAUAUAGCUGCAAUUGUGCACAUUCUGUGUUUGUUGUGAUUGUAUGUAUAGACUUAUGAAAAAUGACACCUUAUUUAUGAUUUCUUUCAGUCAAAUUGCAAUAGAGUUAUUGUUAUCGAAAAUUUUGAUUUUGAUAGCGUA